AUGGCGGCCGCUCGAGCAGCCGGUCGUCUCAGUCGACGUCUCGGAGCGGCGCUCCGUGACACCGCGAUGAACGCCGCUCGUGACUUCACGCGCAUGGGCUCGAGCCGAGCUCAGAAGGCGACGGCUGUCAAGCCGUCCCCGUGCAUCCUCCGCGCGCCGAAGAGAACUCCGACGUCGACGUCGGCGACGCCCGCGCCGACGCUCGCGCCGACGCCCGCGCCGACGCCUGCGCCGACGCCCCGGUACAUCCUCCGCGCGUCGACGAGAACGCAGACGUCUACGUCGGCGACGCCCGCGGCGACGCCCGCGGCGACGCCUGCGGCGACGCGCGCGGUCGCGCAGCAGCCCGUCUCCUCGCGCACGCGAUCGGGGGGUCGCGGCGGAGGCGGAGGCGCUGGUUUCGACGCGGACCCGGUAGAGUACAUGACUCCCGCGUUCAACGCCGCCUUGACCCGCCUACGCGACGGUGACGUCGGUCGCGACGACUCCGCGCCUCCUCCGCCCGCGAAGAGGCGCCUCGCGGUCGAGUCGCUGAGCGAGCUUCCUCCUCUGCCGCGGAGAUCGUCGCCGCGACUGCAGCCGUCCGCGCUCGUCGUCACACCCGCGGCGCCGAUGACGUCCGCGACGCCGCGGCCGUCCGUAGCGAGGACGCCGUCCGCGGCGAGAAAGGCAGUGACGCGCGGUGCCCACUCGGUGGUUCAGGACAUGCACAGCGUCGAAACUCGCAACUACGACGCGGGCAAGGUGGCUCGGCAGAAGCGUAAAUCCCCCGAUGAACGCAGGCGUGACGAUGCUGCCGCCGCGGCAUCUCGCGCGGCGAAUGCCGCGCGAGAUGCCGAGGAGCAGGAGGCGUUCAAGCUGAGAUACGAAACCAUCGACGAACUGCGCGCGGCGUUCGAAGCGGACCCGCUGUCCGAUGACGAGUGCGUCAGAGACAUCAAAGCAGAGCACGACGCGAUGGUCGCCGCCGCGAAGAAACGCGCGGCUGACGAGGCCAAGGAUGAAGCCUCCCGAUCGGUUCCCAAGCCCGCAGAACUGAAGAGACGCAUACUCACGCCCGAGGAGCGCGCCCGCGUCGACAAGAUCGACGCGCCGUGGCGCGGCGUCGCGAAGGCGUACCUCGAGCACGACUGGCCGCUGCCGUUCUGGUUCUCCGCCGGCGCGCUCGCGCAGGGCAACGAGACGCUCGAGCUCAUCGUCGAACAGUACGAAAUCGACACCAUGGACGAGCUCGGGCACUGGUUCGGCGCGAUGUGCAGCGACGCAUCCUUCGAUGCUAAAUCUGGCCGCUUUACGCUUCAGACGACAAAUCGCGAUUACGCCGAUCUUCAACGCGCCAACCUCCACAACGUGCAGUGGAAGACCGUACCCAGACCUGGCGCCGAGAUGGAGUCCGACUUCAUCGAGAAAUUCGAAGCCACGUGUUCGAACGGAGCAAAGUCUUGGAAGUACGCCAUCACGACCACGCCCGUCGGCGACAAGAAGCUCCAGGAGAAGUUCUACACGAAUCGUCGCGGCAAAAAGGUCAUCCUCCCCAAGGACCUCGAGGACGACCCGCUGUUCCCGCUCGCGCUUACCGCCACGCCGUCGUGGAUGGACGCGACAGUCGCCGGCGACGGGUCGCUGGGUGAAGGAAUUUUCUCCCUCGCGUUCUGCGACUUCACGUCUAGCGAGCUGGACUGGUUCAUCAACAUCCUCGCCCGCCCGAGAUGGAGAGACGGCACCGGUGCAGUCGUCCACGGCGCGUUCCCGGUGGCGAGGAAGAAGAAAGAGCGGAAAGGCCAGUACACGCUCGACAUGACCGAAAAGUCUCUCAAAGACGCUGAGUACGCGCCGCGCUUCGGCUGCGGCAUCCGCACGCACGGCAUCCGCGUGAAGGAGUUCAUCUACACCGCGGCUCUUCCGGUAACCCGCGCGUACCCGCACAAAGGCGUCUUCUUUCCCGACAACGACCUCUGCACCUCGAGGAGUUGCAAGCCGAACUUCUGCGUGCGACGGGGUUGA